UCCAAGAACUCUAAUCAUCCACAAGAUGCUACUCCAACUCAUCAAGACAUUCAGUACCAGCAGGAAUCUCGAUCAGAUUCCCAGUCGAGAUAACUGCCACUUCGAACAUGACCCAACCAGCAUGUCCCUAUCGAUCAUCAUCGUACUCGGAAUUCUAGUCUCCUAUCUCCCACAGCACUACCGAAUCAUUUCUUCCAAAUCAUCUCAUGGGAUCAGCCCCUGGUUCUUACUCCUUGGCUCGACCAGUAACACCGGCAGUCUCGUCAAUGCGGUCACUCUCCAAUGGGGCGUCGUGCGCUGCUGUCAAGUCUUGAACCCCGGCGAAUGCGCUGAAUCCUUACUCGGAAUCAUCCAAGUCUUCCUACAAUGGGCAUGUUUUAAUGUCAUUUUAAUUCUAUCAUUAAUCUAUUUCCCACGCGAUCUAAAAUAUGUCAGAGUUGUUCCGGUCGAAAUUCGAGAGAGAUCAGACUCACCACUCAUGGACCGAGCCACGAACUAUUCAUCGCAAUUCCUAUCCCGUUUCUUCCUCAAGCACAACCACCGAACCACCUCCUCAUCCUCCAAGCAACCACGAAACCCACGCGAGUCGGCCCCGGACCAAGCAGUCACAUCCCGAUCGAGUCAUGAUAGUCUCGCGAGCAGUCAAUCUACCUCCUCAGAACAUAGCACCACCUUCCCUAGCGCGAGCUCCGACUCAUCCGCCUUCGACCCUUCCAACGUCCUCCCACCCUCAGCCACCCGAUUCACCCCACUGACGCUCUCCAAGGAAUACACCAUCUCACUUGUCCUCGCCUUUGUCGUCUUCAUCCACUUCCUCUUCUCCGCCCUCGUCACCCUCGGCCUCUUACUCCUCCUGCCUAAGGCCUCCCUCGGCGAACCCGUUCGGACACCCCCCUCCCAUUCCGCCGAACAUCCCACCGUCAGAUUGCUCAGGAUCUGGGCCUCCUCCUCCGGGAUCCUCAGUCUCCUCCUUGCUGCCUGUCAAUACCUCCCUCAGAUUCAAGAAACCUUUCAGGCUAAACUCGUCCGAGCGCUCUCUAUCCCGAUGAUGCUUAUCCAGACCCCUGGAAGCUUCUUGUUCGUCUACUCUCUGGCCAUCCGUCCGGGACUGAAUUGGACCACCUGGAUCGUCUAUCUUGUCACCGGUAUCCUACAAGGUGUCCUACUCAUUCUAUGUGUGCUAUGGAAGAUCAGACAACAGGCCAAUGGGGUUGACGACUGGGGCAAGCCGUUGGCCCGUUCGACAGGGAGCGCCAAGCGGACCGGCGACGGUUUGUUAGGCUCUGAGGGCUAUGGGGAGGGCCAGCAAGAAGGGCCAGGACGCUCGGAGCGCAGCCCGCUUCUCUCUGCCCUCCGACCACCUUCGACCUUCCUCUCCCCCUCCUCCUCCUCCACUCACCGUCCCGCAUCUGGCAAACAGAGACAAAUUAAAGACGACUCUCUCGAUUCUUCCCACUAACUGAUCUCGAUUCCUUUGAUCCCCUUCUCACUUUCUUUACCUUUGGUUCGGAUUGGGAAUCAUGUAAUCGUUUUUUUCUGCUUUCCUUUUUUGUUGUUGUGUAACCUCUUUUUAUAUACAUGUUUUGCCCACCAAAAUACAUAUACAUACAUACCUUCUUCCGACUUUUGAUUAUACUCUAUUGGGCUUUUUGUUGUUUUGAUUUGUUUUAGGGCUGAUGUUAUAUGAUCUAUCUAUCUAUGCAAAUGUAUAUACAAAUUAUACACUUUUUUCAUGUUGUUAUUUCUCAGGUUGCCCAUUUGUUCUUUUUCUCAGAUUGGUUCCCCUUCUACUUCAUUUAUGACUUGUUUUUUCCUUCCUUGUUAUUUGUUAUCUAAAUUAAUGAUAAUCCAUGAGAAUAAAAAAAUGUACAUCUACAUAUACA